AUGUCGUUGUUGUCAGGUCCGGGUAGCCGACGACUUUUUAGCACAACUCUCGCCUCUCAGAAUUCCGAGGGUCCCAGCCUGUUCGGGCUCAGAUCGGGACCCUUGUCGCCCAACUCGGCUUCCUCGACCGACUCUUCUUCCGAAAGUCCAGUCGACAGUCGAGCCGAGUCUGGCCGGCCUCAGUUGGGACUCUUCUUCGCCUCCAUCGGCCAGUCGGUCGCGUUGACGACCGACUCGAAUCCGAAGACGGCGAAGAGGCAGGAAACGGCCGGUGAGCCGAAGCGGUCGGCUUCGAGCAGCCAAGACUUUUGCUGUCGCGUCGCCUCGCGUGUGACGGUAGAUGGGGCGUCGAAGUCGGACGGGUCAUGUUGUAUGGGCCGAAUGGUGUGGCGCAGGUGGUUGGCGGCCGGUCGAGUGGGAAAAGCAGACAACUGCGAGCAGUUGAACGCGAUCGGAGGUCAGCUGGGCCAAGCGUUGACCGAUGCAGGUGGUACCAAACCACGCAACCAUCGAGUGGGCAGCCGAUGGUCGUUCCCUUUCGUGGACAAGAAGGCGGCUCAAAUGUCCACGAAGCGGGGCCGAUCGUGUCCUCACGCGAUUGGGCCGAAAUUGGGCAAAGAAGACGAAGAUCCGUCGUGUCGAGUGAGAGAUGCCGAGACCCUUCCACACGGUCGGCUCGCCAGCAUGCCGCUGUUGCGCUUCUCGCCCUUCCAACUCAUCCUCUCCACCAAAGAGCAGAAGGCCAUUCGCAUUCUCGUCAUCGUCUUCACCGUCUUCGUCGUCUGCUGGUUCCCCUUUUUCACGCUACAGCUCAUCGUGGCUCUGUCCAGCCACGACGUCAGCCAGGCCUGCCAACGUUGGCUCUUCGACUUCGCCUGGCCCGGCUACAUUUCGUCCGGCCUCAAUCCGAUGAUCUACGCCAUCUUCUCGCCGGAGUACCGACGCGCCAUCCAGCGCUGCCUCACUCGACUCGUCUGGACGAGACGGACUCGACCGGCCGCGAGGAGCGUCGCGUCGGUACCGGCGACACGGCAACUGUCAGGACGAUCGCUGUUGCUGCAUUCGCAACCGGCCACAGAAUCGAAUCACGAGACGGGCAUCAGCAGAAUCUCGGCUUCGCCCAGUCUGCCGGUGGGCCGUCAACUGGCCGGCCAGACGACUCGUUGCGAAGCGAUCGGUGCCUUAGAGACACCGAUUGCUGAGCCAAUCGCUGAGGGAGGCCGGAAGAGAGAUAUUCUGCGCAAGGAGGUCUGGCAGAGGCGGCGUGCUCCAGUCACCGCCAAUAGCUUGUCGGUGUUGAAAACCCUCGAAAUGCCCAAUUCCGUUGCCGCGACGACCGACAACGCCGAUGUCGUUGCUGAGCGACUUCAGGGCUGUAGGGCGCAACGGUCCACGCUUCGGAGACACGCCGGUCUGAGCGAUGACGUCCGUUUGGCGCGAGAGGCGAGCCCCGAGGAUGGACUCGUUGAGGCGGAAAGAGGUCGUCCUUCGGACGGUUAUGCCGAGAGCCUGACGGAAGGACAGGCUUUCGGCGUCUGGUACCAAUUCCAGCUGGCCGACGAGGCCGGCAGCCACAUACCCCAGCUUCAGAUGACCGACAUCGACUGA